GGAGUUUCAAAGCAACCAAGCGCUGUCACGUGCAACGGGAAGAGGUUGCAGCUGUCAUACUCACUCUUGCGCGUACUUCUAGAAGAUCAGCGGUAUACCACCUAGUUUCUUCUUCUUGAGGCUGGGACUUCGGGUGGUGUUUCCUUUUUUCCCUUUUUUUUUCCUGUUUUUCUUUGUCGCCGCAACACGUCGUGACGCACUUCACGUUGACUGUUGAUUUAGCCUUUCCAGCACACACUGGCUGUAUCAUCUACACACUGUUGUGUCAUUCGGUCCUCACCUACGUCGUCUCUUUUUUGUUCCUUCCCACGCGCACCCCGGACACUCUUCUCCCUGCGUGGUUCCUCCACCAUCAAAAGAAAAAGAAAAAUCAUUCUCAGCAUUUGCAUUGGACGGCUUUUCUCACGUCCUCUCGCCUCUUCGCCUUUCAAGUGCACGUGCUUUGAGAGUUGUCAUCCUUCAUCUUUUAUUGUUUCCUUUUCACGCGAGACACCCUGAUGGACUCGUUCGAGGAGUUCAACGACACGCUGCAGACGUGGCUCGCGGCGCAUCAGGUGCCAGAGCAGCUGCACCGUCGUCUGUACGAAAAGAUCGUAAACAGCAUGUUCGACUCCGGCAACCGAUUCGCACUGGCGCUUUGGCCGCGCGCCGACGCGGUGCUCGAUAGCGACGCGGAGGAGCAGGACGGUGCCGGCGCGAACGGCGCGGGAAGCGGCGCGGCUGUCCCGUCGUCCGUGCUGAGCUACCCGGGUUACUACCUCGUCGCCACCCACGACCUGCCGGCUGAGGACGACGUGUGGCUCGUGGACCACUGCUGCACCUUCCAGCUUCCCACGCUGCGCGAUGAGCUGCUGCGCAACGAGGCCCUGCGGACGCGCCUGGAGAAGAUUGCGCGGCAGGAGUGUGAGGCGCCAUCUCCAUUUGCCGAGGCAAGUGCGGAAGGAAAUGAAAGCCGUGUAGAUCAUCUGAUUGCGGGCCUGUGGCCCUACGUAGGGAGCUACGACCUGAUGAAUCCGCGCAACGACGACGUCGAGCCGCACUACUGGUUCGUACCCGAUGAGAUCGGCAGUGCUCUCUACACCACCUUCGACGACGAGGAGACAAACGUGAAGAUGGUGACGCUGCCCUUCUACUUCGCGUCGCAGCAGUGCGUCUUCUCCUUCUUCUGGAUCACGGCACCGGUGGAGGCUGGCACAGUGCUCGCCCGCCACCCGCACCACCGCUUCGAACCGUAUUGCGGAGAGGCGGUGUCGCGGGUGCUGUACGAGUCCUGGUCCGGUGAACCGCCCAAGGCGGAGGUGAUUCAGAAGUGCCGCGAGGCGUGGCAGAACCACUACCGCGAGCAGGCGUACGUCUCGGCGCAGCGGAGCGUGCAAAACCAACUGACGAGCGCCGCAAUGAUCGAACUGCGGCAGCAACAGCGAAGCGUCGUCGAGCCAACGUACGCCCCUCUGCGGCUCACGAUGUCAAAUGAAAGUGGUGACGGCCAGAGUCCAUCCGGAAAGCUGCCGGUGUACGUGAGUCACCGAGGCGUGGCUGGCGCGCUCAGUACGUCCGCUGCCUUUCAAGGGGACGCAGCUCCCUUUCAAAUGGUGUCCCUCCCCAGCGAGGCGGCGGUUGUGUGGAUGACGAAUCACGUCUUCCGCAGCAUGACCGACUUCAGCCACGCGAGCUUUGUGGUGCACUUGCCCGAGCACGAGCAGCUCACCAACGCACGCAACCUCGCCGCGCUGGAGCAGCACACAGUGGGCAAGACACCGCUUGUGCUGGAGCGGCUGGAUGGCGUCUCGCAGCUGUCCGAGCUGAUCGGGUGUGCCGUCGAGGAGGGCGUCGUGGGGGACUCCGUGUGGGAGCUGGUGGGCGAAGACGGGCGUCGUGUGUGGGGCCCAGUGACGCUGCACGGCUGGCCCCGCGUGCGGGAGAUGCUGCGCGUUGCAGAGGUGGGACCGCUGUGCCUUGUGCGUGCCAUCGACGCGGAGGCCCUGACGCUCUCGCCGGGCUCGCGCAUGCUCGUGCACGUUCCCCUCAUCGUGCGGUCCUGGCGUUCGGCGGAGACGGGGCUGGAGGCCUACGUGCAUGCAUACAACUGGGUCUCGCUUCUCCCCACCUCCGGCCCCAUCACCACCGCGGCGGAGUCCGCGUGCGAAUGCUGUUCCGCGGCGGCGUUGAAGGGCCAAUUGGCCGCGCUCACGAACUGCACAGACGUCUGGGAGAAGGAGGUGCUUCCCGUCGUCUCCCACACGCUGCGCGACGUCCUCGCCGCGGUGGCGCCGAUACAGGGCCUGGAGCACAGCCGCCUCGGUGCCGUACUGGACGCGCAGUUUCAGCUGGUGAUGUCGGGUGACGGGACCUCACCGGUGAUGCCGGUGCUCGUGGGCUUCAGCGAGCACCUGAACUACAACGUAGUGUUGCAGCAGUGUCCGUCAUUCUUCGCCGAUGCGCUGAAUACCUUGUGCUUCCGCGGUGUGCAGAACGUGCUGAAGCUAUAA